AUGGAUAGAUUGAUCAAAAGAGGGAUCAUUCAAUCAAAUAUUUGUUCCCUGUGUGAAAGAGAUGCUGAAAGCCAUACGCAUCUGUUUUUUGAAUGUCAUUUCUCUAUGACAGUUUGGAAUGAGGUAAUGAAUUGGCUCAAGUUCAAGUGGAGGACAUGUAACUGGAGGAUGCUUCUUGAUUGGUAUUGCAAUAGAUUAAGAGGGAGAGGCUUCAAAUUGAAAGUGAAGAGAAUGGCGCUGGCAGCAGUGGUAUAUAACAUCUGGAAAGAACGAAACAAUAGGAUCUUCAACCAAAAGAAAAGAGCUCCAGAGCAGAUAGUUAGAGACAUAAAAAUUGGCAUGUACUCUGUCAUCCUCAACAAUCCUCUAAUGCCGAAUGAAGACAGGGAUUGUUUCCUCUCCCUGUAG